GCAGAGGCAGGGCCCCCCAGGAAGGCACACGCACCAUGGGGCGCCUGGAGCUGGCUGUCUUAGGCCUCGCCUGCUGCUUGGCAGUAGUGAGCGCCGCAAAGCUGGGCGCAGUGUACACGGAAGGGGGCUUCGUGGAGGGCGUCAACAAGAAGCUCGGCCUCUUCGGCGGCAACUCUGUGGACGUCUUCAAGGGCAUCCCCUUCGCCGCCCCGCCCAAGGCCCUGGAGAACCCCCAGCGGCACCCUGGCUGGCAAGGAACCCUGAAGGCCAAGGACUUCAAGAAGCGAUGCCUGCAAGCCACUAUCACCCAGGACAACACCUAUGGCUCUGAGGACUGCCUCUACCUCAACAUCUGGGUCCCCCAGGGCAAGAAGGAAGUUUCCCGGAACCUGCCUGUCAUGAUCUGGAUCUACGGAGGAGCCUUCCUCAUGGGUUCUGGCCAAGGGGCUAAUGUCCUUAAAAACUACCUGUACGACGGGGAGGAGAUUGCCACGCGGGGCAACGUCAUCGUCGUCACCUUCAACUACCGCGUCGGGCCCCUAGGCUUCCUCAGCACUGGGGACGCCAACCUGCCAGGUAACUACGGUCUUUGGGACCAGCACAUGGCCAUCGCGGGGGUGAAGAGGAACAUUGCGGCCUUUGGGGGGGACCCCGACAACAUCACCAUCUUUGGGCAAUCAUCUGGAAGUGUCAGCGUCUCUCUGCAGGGGGAUCUGAUGGGGGCUACCCUCACUCCCUACAACAAGGGCCUCGUCCGGCGAGCCAUCAGCCAGAGCGGUGUGGCACUGACCCCCUGGGCCAUCCAGAAGAACCCUCUGUUCUGGGCUAAGCAGAUCGCCAAGAAGGUGGGCUGCCCCCUGGACGAUGCCGCCAGGAUGGCCAAGUGUCUGAAGGUCACCGACCCCCGGGCCCUGACGCUGGCCUAUAAGAUGCCCCUGGCGGGCAUGGAGUACCCCAUGCUGCACUACCUGGGCUUCCUCCCCGUCGUGGACGGAGACUUCAUCCCUGACGACCCCAUCAACCUUUUCACCAACGCGGCCGACAUCGACUACAUCGCUGGCACCAACGACAUGGACGGCCACAUCUUUACCAGCAUUGACAUGCCGGCCAUCAACAAGGACAAGCAGACUGUCACAGGGGAGGACUUCUUCAAGCUGGUCAGCGGGCUCACCUUUGCCAAGGGGUCCAGAGGUGCCAAUGCCACCUUUGACCUCUACACGGCGUCCUGGGCCGAGGACUCCUCCCAGGAGGCCAAGAAGAAGACAGUGGUGGACUUUGAGACUGACGUCCUCUUCCUGAUGCCCACGAAGAUGGCCGUGGCCCAGCACAAAGCCAACGCCAAGAGUGCCCGGACCUACACCUACCUGUUCUCCCACCCCUCUCGCAUUCCGUUGUACCCCAGCUGGAUGGGCGCCGACCACAUGACUGACCUCCCGUACGUGUAUGGGUGGCCCUUCCACAACCCUCUGGGCUACCGGGCCCAAGACAGGACUGUCUCCCAGGCCAUGAUCGCCUACUGGACCAACUUUGCCAGAACUGGGGACCCCAACCAGGGCCACUCGGCUGUGCCCACCCAAUGGGAGCCCUACACCCAGGAAAACGGCAACUACCUGGAGAUUAACAACAAGAUGGACGGCCAGUCCAUGAAGCAGCACCUGAGGAGCAGCUACCUGCAGUACUGGACCCAGACCUACCAGGCACUGCCCACUGUGAAUGGAGACGGGGCCACCCUCGUGCCUUCCUCUGACGACUCUGAGGGCUCCCCUUGAGUCCCUUCUGGUGACUCUGAGAGGGCUCAGAUGUCCGCAGCCAUUGGCUUCUAAUGUCCCUGCCCCAGAGGUCACAGGUGGGACCCAGGGAGCCCACCUCCCUCCCCAGCUCUUCCUGAAUAAAACCGCUUCUCUCUCUGGCAA